CCCUCAGCCCCAUCCCCUGCCCUCGCUACCUCCAUUUGUUUCUCUGCCUCCCUCCUGUCCCUCGUCUGCGUCGAUCAACCCUAGGGUCGUCGGAGAGAGGUCUGCCCCGUGUUCUCCACCGACGCCCCUGCCAGCUUCCCUUCCCACUUCGCUUUCUCGGUUCGGCUUCUUCACCCUUUUCUUUUCCCCGCCUUCCUUCGUGUUCAUUCUCCCCCAUCCCGUCCCGUCCGCUGUCCACAUUUGCAGUUCAACCUGCCGCUGCAGGUAGCUCCUGGUUCCCGGCUCUCGGCUUUCGACUCCCGGCCCUGCGGAAGAGCCCUCCUGCCCGGACGGGACUCGUGUGGCUCACGGUCCCCUUGCCAGAGGAAGAAAAGGCAGAUGCUUCCAUGUGUCUUCUGAAGGAAGCUUCCAGCACUUGGUCCUCCCAGAUAAUGUAACUGUUCCUAGAAGCUCUGAACAGAUUGAAUCAUGGGAGCAAACACCUCCAGCAAAGCUCCAGUGUUGGAUGAAAAUGAGGACGUCAGCUUUGACCACUUUGAAAUUUUGCGAGCCAUCGGGAAAGGCAGCUUUGGGAAGGUCUGCAUUGUUCAAAAAAAUGACACCAAGAAAAUGUACGCCAUGAAGUACAUGAAUAAACAGAAAUGUGUCGAGCGCAAUGAAGUGAGAAAUGUCUUCAAGGAACUGCAGAUCAUGCAAGGUUUAGAACAUCCCUUCUUGGUCAACUUGUGGUACUCAUUUCAAGAUGAAGAGGACAUGUUCAUGGUGGUGGAUCUGCUCCUUGGGGGCGACUUGCGCUAUCACCUGCAGCAGAAUGUCCGUUUCCAGGAAGACACAGUGAAACUCUUCAUCUGUGAGCUAGCUAUGGCCCUAGACUACCUUCAGAGCAGGCACAUCAUUCACAGGGAUAUGAAGCCAGACAACAUUUUGCUGGAUGAGCAUGGGCAUGUGCACAUCACAGACUUCAACAUCGCCACCACAAUGAGCAAGGAGAUGCAGCUCACAGCCAUCGCGGGCACAAAACCAUACAUGGCUCCCGAAAUGUUUAUCUCCAGGAGUCAAAUGGGCUACUCCUUUGCAGUCGACUGGUGGUCACUGGGCGUCACUGCUUAUGAGCUACUGCGAGGCCGGAGGCCAUAUCAUAUCCGCUCCAGCACAUCACCAAGUGAAAUUGUUCACAUGUUCCAGACAGCCAUAGUGACCUAUCCAGCUUCUUGGUCAGGGGACAUGGUAUCACUGCUGCGAAAGCUUCUGGAGCAAAAUCCCGAAAACCGAUUUUCUCAGCUGACGGAUAUCCAGGACUUCCCCUACCUGGCUAACAUGAACUGGGAUGCUGUGUUUCAGAAGAGGUUGAUUCCAGGCUUCAUUCCCAAUAAAGGCCAACUGAACUGUGACCCCACAUUUGAACUGGAAGAAAUGAUCCUGGAGUCCAAACCACUUCAUAAGAAAAAAAAGCGUCUGGCCAAGAAAGAGAAGAACAUCAGGAAGGAUGAUUCAUCCCAGACUCUCCUGCUUCAGGAGCAUCUCGACUCCGUCCAGAAGGAAUUUCUUGUUUUCAACCGAGAAAACUUUCUCUCUUCCAAGGACCAUAAAGGACUCCCAGGCCAGCCAAGGCAGUAUAGCCCAGGAACAAACCAACGACAGUGAAGAUGGGAGUCAGAACAACAACCUCUGAGACCUGCUUCCUCACUGAUGUACCUAAAAGCAUCCUGUUCCAGGGACCCAGGAAGUAUAACUCUCCUGUCCUCCCUCCCCAGCCUCAGGAGAUCUAUAUCUCUGACUUCCACCAGGAGCCUCUGAAAUAAAACAGAAUUCUUUCUCUCCUC